AUGUCCGUCCAUCGCAUGACCCAGUUAGAGGCUCUCGCCAGCCUCGAUAAGUGUGGUGACGAUAUUCCGAAAGCAGUGGAUAUCAUCAGCAAGUAUACCGAGGCCAAGUUCCGUCGGGGCAAGAACGACAUUUUGUAUGUCAACCACAAACUCGAGAUUCUGGAGAAACGAAAUUCAGACAACUAUAACCUCUAUGAAGCCUUCCGUUUAGCUCGCGAACGAGCUUUCCUGCCCCCAAGCUACGUCCUCCCAGCCUGGAGCACACUGCCCCCCGGUCAUCCUCCCGACUGGUGGCACCCGAUGCAAUCUCUGCAAGCGUCGGGCUCGCCUCCUUUCAUUCUCCUGAUAUGGCCUCACCUUGCUCACAUGGAACACUGGGUGAAUCUUAAAGGAAGGUGGCAAGUAUAG